AUGAUUCCUCAAGCGGCAACGUUUCUGGCCUACGCCACGCUCCUCGUGUCCGCCAGCCCUCUCGCCGUCCAGCGCAGGGCCGUCACAGAGCUCAACGAGGAGGCUGCAAAGGAGGCGCAUCCCCGCGACGACACUGCCACGCGCGCCUUCUCCGAUGUUCAGAUCAAGACGGACGACGGGAAAUGCCUCUUUGUCGACGAGCUGUCGGGGGACUUCCGGGCGAACCUCACCCCGAUCCAGAUAGCCGAGUGCGGGGCGACGGACGGCCAGGGCUGGGACGUCAUCACUGCUGGAAAGCACAAUGACCAGCUCAACUCGAUGCUCAUCGUCAGCACCCUGACUCAAGCUUGCUUCAACUUUGAUCCCCGUCGUCCGGCGGGUAACCAAGUGAACCUCUUCUCCUGUGGCGGACGCGCAGCAGGCGACGGCCUGGUGACCGAUUCCCAGCUCUUCCCCGUAAACAGCGGAGGGGGACCCUCGACAUUCCAGCCCAAGAACGAACAGGGCAAGUGUUUCACGGCCAAGGGCAAGGCGGUGGACAUUGCGGACUGCAACGCCGACGACAAGGCCCAGUCCUUUUCCUUUGGCGCCAAAGUAGCAGCGGGCGGAGGAGCCGGAGGCAACGGGGGCGGCAAUGGGACAGCUGACAAUGGUGCUCAACAGCCUGCCCCAACGACGACCACCGCGGCCGUUGCGACGGGAGAGCCUGCCGCUGGAUGUGAUGAUGACGAAGAGACCGUCACCAUGACUCUCACGAGCACUGUCGCACCCGGCCAGGGCAACGCCGGCGGCAACGCCCCCAUCGCAACCGCCAAGCCCGAGGCGACAUCCGCUCCAGCCACGGCACCGCCCGCCGUCUCCACCCCGAUCGCCAGAAACGGCAACGGCACCCAGCAGGGCACCAUCCCGGCCGCCAACCCCACCACGCCCGUCCCCGUCUCCCGCGCCGGCGGCACCCUCAACCCGACCGCCGCAGCCGAGGCCAACGCCUUUGACGACACGGCCACCCGCGCCUUCACAAAGGCAGCCAUCCGCGCGCCCAACGGGCAGUGUCUGUCGAUCGACCCGACGGCGGGCGACUUCCGCCAGAACCUCAUCCCCGUCGCCGUGGCCGCGUGCGACAAGUCUCUGCCGAACCAGCAGUUUGACGUGAUUUCCAAGGGGAAGCACAACGACGGCAAGGACGGCGCCGUGUUGAUCGUCAGCAGCCUGACCAACGGGUGCGUCAGCACGGACGGGCGGCGGGCGGAUGGCGACACGGUCACGUUGUUUUCCUGUGGCGGUCGUGCUGCGGGGGAGGGGCUGACGAAUACCGGGCAGUUGGUCAAGAUUUCCGGGGACAGCUUUGUAUGGACGCCGGUGAAUGAUGCGGCGACGUGCGUUGUGCCUGGGAACCAGGGGCGUUUGGUUACGGCGGCUUGCAAGGGGGAUAAUAGCGAGACGUACACGAUUGUUGCUUGA